AUGUCUCUCUAUCGCAUAGGCGUCGACGUCGGCGGCACGAAUACGGAUGCCGCGAUUCUGGACAUUCACGCCCUCAACCAGCCCGGCCGAGGCGUCCUUACGUCGCACAAGGCGUCCACGACUCCCGACAUAACGAGCGGUAUUGAGGCCGCCAUCGCCGCCAUCCUCAAAAGCUCUGCGGUGGACCAGCGCCGCGUCCUCAGCGUCACCAUCGGAACGACACACUUCAUCAAUGCCUUGAUUGAGGCCGAUGCCCGCAGACUCGACCGGGUCGCCGUCGUGAGGCUCUGCGGGCCCUUCACGAGGCAGAUCCCCCCCUUCUCUGGGUUCCCCGUCGGCCUCCACGGCGUCCUCGACGGCGGCGCCUAUUACCUCGACGGCGGCCUGGAAAUGGACGGGCGCCAUAUCGCGCCUCUGAGCGAGGAGCAGGUUCGGUCCACGGCGCGGGACAUCAUGGCGUCCGGAGUCAGGUCCGUGGCUGUUGUGGGCGUGUUUUCCCCCCUGGAUCACGACAACGUCUACGAGGAGAGGUGCAAGACGAUGCUCCGGGACGAGGCACCGGAACUGCGCGUUGUCUGCUCGCAAAACAUUGGGCCUACUGGGUUCGUGGAACGGGAAAAUGCCACCAUCCUCAAUGCCGCCAUUCUGCGGACGGGCCACAGGGUCAAGAACGGCUUCAAGCGCGCCAUGAGCCGCCUCAACCUGACCUGCCCGCUGUAUCUUUCUCAAAACGACGGCACCCUCAUCGACGCCGAGACCGCCGCCGACUUUCCCAUCAAGACGUUUGCGAGUGGACCGACCAACAGCAUGAGUGGAGCUGCGUUCCUCGCUGGCCUGGAUAGAGAUGGCGCCGCCAAGGCCCCGGUCGUGAAUGGUGUCGAGUCGAAGCUCGACGGUCAUGGAUUGCCCGACAUUGCCAGUGGCGGUCAGGGGGAUGCUUCUGCCGAAUACGCCGUCGAGCCUCAGGUUCUUGUUGUCGACAUUGGAGGCACAACCACUGACGUCUGCGCGCUUCUGCCCUCUGGCUUCCCGCGUCAAGCCCCCGGCUUCGUGGAGGUCGCCGGUGUCCGGACAGCCUUUUCGAUCCCUGAAGUCGUCUCGAUUGGCUUGGGCGGCGGCAGUAAAGUCGUGGUUGACCCGGAAUCGCCGCAGUCCGUGUUAGUCGGCCCCGGAUCCGUGGGCCAUGAGUUGCUGUCCCAGGCAAAGGUCUUUGGGGGCCCGACGCUGACCGCCACCGACAUUGUUGUUGCCGAGGGCAAGGCUUCUCUGGGCGACGCGUCGUUGGUCAAGGACGUGGCAGCAGAGCUUCGCGAGGGUGGUCGGAGGGGGAUCAAUGCGCUCCUGGAGACCGUCAUCGACAAGAUGAAGGUGUCGACGGCGCCGGUGCACGUCCUCCUCGUUGGCGGCGGCUCAAUCUUGGUGACUGAGAAAAUUGCAGGAGUUGACAAGUGCAUCGAGCCCAUCCAUCAAGGCGCGGCAAACGCCGUUGGUGCCGCCAUUGGCAAGAUCUCCGGCGAGGUCGACACCGUGGAGAUCCUGGAGGGUAAAGACGAGAAGGCGGUCAUUGCCGCUGCCUGCCGAAGGGCAAUUGACCAGGCCAUUGCCAAGGGGGCCCGGCCGGACGAUGUCAAGAUUGUCGAGGUGAACAAGAUGCCUCUCCAGUACAUGUCGCAGGUGACGAUUCGGAUCCAAGUCAGGGCCGUGGGGACUCUGGCCAUUCCAGACGACGUGGCUCUGUUCGAGGCACCCGAGAGCAGUGACGGGGCGAACGGCGACGACGACGACCAAGACGAGGGAGAAAAAGUCAGCGUCCCGAAUGCCCUCCACCCUACGACCAAGCCUUCGCUGGGAGUCGAUUUGGCCACCUACCGCCCAGACGUGCGAGGCGGCACAUGGUAUCCCUCAGAUAUCGACCUUGAACUCAUUUCAACGGGGUGUGCCAUUUUAGGGACUGGUGGCGGCGGCCCGACCUACUACGAGUACUUGAAGAGUCUGCAGUGCCUGAGCAACAACGACAAGGGCCGGAUGCGCAUCGUCUCUCCCAAGUCGUUGAAAGACGAUGCUAUUGUAUGCCUCGGCACGUGGUAUGGCAGCCCGAGUGUGAUUAACGAACGCAUUGCUGCUGGCAAUGAAAUUGUUGAUGCCAUAAAGGCUGUGAACAGAAUCCAGCAUAUAGAGAGAUUUGACGCCGUUCUUGCUGAUGAGAUCGGCGGUGGCAAUGGCCUUUCAGCCCUUCCCGUUGGUACUUACUUCGAUGUUCCCGUCGUGGAUGCGGACGGCAUGGGGAGAGCAUAUCCAACCAUGUAUCAUAUCACAUUCAGCGUUUACGGACACGAAAUGACCCCUGCCGUCAUCACCGAUGCCCGUGGAAACGCUGUUGUCGCCAUGGGUGUCGAUAGCCCGAAGCGCCUCGAGACGAUUUGUCGCAAUGCAGCCGUAGAGCUCGGCCUCACCUGCGCCUGCGGCACAAACCCCAUCUCCGGGGACAUGGCAAAGACUAUCGCGGUGCCCAAUACGCUCUCCCAAAGCUGGUACUUGGGACGGGCUGUGCACCAAGCCAGGCGAGCAAAGACGAGCUACACCGACGCAAUCUUUGACGUCUGCGCCGGCAGGGUGAUAUUCACCGGGAAAAUCGUCGACGUCCAGCGCCAUCUCGGCGGCGGCUACACAAUGGGCGCCGUUGUUCUCGCCCCCUUUACCGAUGCCGAGCGCGAAGCCGAGUCCAAGGCUGGCGCGCAGCCCGACAAGCACAUGAUGAUCCCCUUUCAAAACGAGUACCUGUACGCCGCGCUCUGCGACGAAGCAGGCUCCCAAGAGUCGCAGCAGGUCGUCGCCACCGUGCCGGAACUGAUUUCCAUUCUAGGCCACGACGGCGAGGCCAUCGGCUCGCAAGACCUGAGAUUCGGCCUGCGCGUCAACGUCAUUGCCCUCCCCGCCCACCCGUUGUGGAAGACCAAAGAGGCCAUGGCCGUCGGCGGCCCUGCGGGCUUUGGACUGAAGAUGGAGCCGGUGGAUGGCAGCAUCCCCUUCACCGAACCGCGAAGCGUGAUUGACGAGUUUAAUGUAUGA